UGUACGCAUCUCUAGUCCGUUGACUACAUGUAUUUGUUCAACCUUCCAAAUUAACAAUGACAAUUUGUUCAAAAAAUAAAAUAAAAUUAACAAUGACAAAGUCAAGCGGAGAGCAGAGGAGAUCUAUGUUUCCCUGCCUGUUUGGGAACUAAUCAGUAAUCACGACAUAAAAAUACAACCGGAGAGAAGAGAUAUCAUCAGACCUCACUGUGAGAUGGCGCAAAGCGUAGUCUCAAUUGUUGUUGGAAAACUAGGAGAGCUUCUGAUCCAAGAAGUAAACUUCCUCCAAGGAGUAGAUGAGGAGUUGAGAUCCCUCCAUAAUGAGUUCCAAUGGUUUCAGGCCUUCCUCAAGGAUGCCGAUGCUAGUAUCCAAGGAGGCAACGAGAGGGCUAAGACUUGGGUGAAUCAGGUGCGAGAUGUUGCUUAUGACGCCGAGGACAUAAUCGACAUGUACAUCUUCAAGAUUCAUCGACACCGCCGAGUAUCCCAUGGAUGCUUCUCUUCGUUAAUGACAACAUGUGCUUGUCAUCCAUCCAGACUAACAAUCCUCCAUGACCUUGGCAAUGAGAUUGACAAGGUCAAGAGGAGAGCUGUGGAGAUCUCUGCUAACCGAUCCAAGUAUGGCAUUGAGAGCAUUGGAGCUACUUCUGCUGACUCAUUGACGUCCAAUGAAGCAAUACUGCCUUUGAGCUGGAAGCAGACUCCGGUCGUGGAGGAAGUUGAUGUCAUUGGCUAUGAUGAGCAUGUUAAGACAUUGGUACAACUAUUGCUGGCGGAGGAUAAAGGUCGGUAUGCUGUCAUAUCAAUUGUAGGCAUGGGAGGCUUAGGCAAGACCACUCUUGCAAAGAAGGUUUUCUCUAACCAAAGAAUCAAACAGCACUUUGCUUGUCAUGCAUGGGUGUACAUCUCUCAAUCUUACAGAGAUCGAGAGCUUGUGGAGGCCAUAGCUAAUCAACUCAUGGUCGUUGAUAAGGUGAGGAUGAAUGAGUCCACCGAUGAGGAGAUGAAAAAGAUAGUUCAUGAGCACUUGAAAGAAAGGAGAUACUUGGUGGUGAUUGAUGAUAUAUGGACCCGAGGAGCUUGGGAUAACAUCAAAAAGGUGCUGCCAGAGACAAUAAAUGGAAGUAAGGUGUUGCUAACUACUCGUAAUAGAGAUGUUGCAUUGCAUGCUGAUAGACGGAUCCCUCCUUUUGACCUCAAGCUCUUGGGAGAAGAAGAGAGUUGGGAGUUGUUCUGCAAGAAGGCGAUUCCAACAAAGCACAGUGAGCACUGUCCUCCAAACUUGGAGACAAUUGGAAGAGAGAUGGUGGCCAAAUGCAGUGGCUUGCCUCUUGCCAUCGUUGUGUUGGGAGGUCUCGCAUUGAGGAAAGAGCAGUCUGAAAAGGAAUGGAGAAAGUUGUUCAAGAGUGUGAGUUGGCAACUAAGAGAAGGUGAAGACCAGAUUUCCAAAAUAUUGGCUCUUAGCUACCACCAUCUUCCGUACUACAUGAAGCCCUGCUUUCUCUACUUUGCAAUGUUCCCUGAGGAUUCUCUCAUUGAUGCGGAAGAUCUAAUGUUAAAGUGGAUAGCAGAGGGGUUUAUAGAAGCAAGAGAUGAAGAAACAAUGGAGGAAGUCGCAGAGGAAUACUUAGAGGAGUUGGUGCAUAGGAGUCUGAUCCAAGUGGCGAAGAGAAAUGCAUUGGGAGGUAUUAUGGAAUGCCGAAUCCAUGAUCUUCUUCUUGACUUGGCCAUCAAUGAAGCCAAAGGUACGAACUUUCUCCUUGUUACUAAGACCAAUAAUAGUGAGGGGAGCAUUACUUUGAAAAAUACCCGUCGACUGGUUCUUCAUGGUGAUCAGAGUUGGGAAGUAGCUCGACAAUAUCCAAUUGAUUCCACUAGAAGCCUACGGACUGUUACUUUCUUUGGUACAGAACUGAAGAAUCCCAAAAUACCCCAAAUUCUAAUAAGCAUGAAGCUACUUAGAGUCAUAGAUCUCCGUGGCAAAGCAAUAAUUUUGCCUAAAGCUAUAGGGGAGCUGAUUCAUUUAAGGUACUUGAAUGUACGAGUUGGAAGAUCCAAGCCGGUUCCAUCUUCCAUUGGUGAACUUAACAAUCUGCAAACACUUCAAAUUGAGGGCUAUUAUUCUACUACUGGGCUACCAAGUGAAAUAUGGAAAUUGCAAAGCAAUCUGAGGCAUUUGGAAUGUGGAUCCUCUUCAAUCAAGGGCCAACCAUCAGCUGACAGCCUGUCAAAUCUCCAAACACUUUCAGGUAUUAAAGCAGGAAAAUGGCUAUUUAAAGGAUUAGAGAAGAUGACCAAUUUGAGGAAAUUGAACAUUUGUCGUAUUCAUAGCUCUUAUGGAAAGGCGUUGUCAGACUCUCUUGGUAAACUAAACAAUCUCAUUGAAUUGGACUUAAUAGCAGGGCUUAUCCAUGAAAUACCAACCUCAAUACUGACAGCAUCCCAUCAUAAACAUCUCCGAGUUCUUCAUUUGAAUGCGAAAUUAGAAAGAUUCCCUGAGGUUAGUAUUGAAUGUCUCCUAACAAACCUCAUCAAGUUGACCUUGGAAAGUUCUAGUCUUAAGGAGGACCCACUUGUGACAUUGGGGGAACUUGAUAACCUUCAAGUUCUUGAGUUACGGUAUAAUGCUUUUGUUGGGAAGGAGAUGGUUUGUUUGGAGAAAGGGUUCCCUCAGUUGAAAGAGUUAGUAUUUAAUCAUUUGUAUUCAUUAGAGGAGUGGAAAAUAGAGGAUGAAGCCAUGCCCAAGCUUAGAAAAUUAGUAAUUGAUAAUUGCUCGAAGUUGGUGAUGCUCCCUUAUGGCCUUCGAGGGAUUACUAGUCUACAAGAGUUGAAUGUGAGAGGCAUGCCUUCUGCCUUUACCCAGAGAUUGAGAGUCAAUGACGGUGAUGAUUGGGAUAAGGUCCGACGCAUACCUCUUCUCAAUGUGAUAGACUCAAAGUAUUAG